AUGUCUCGUCCACCGUCGUUUCGAGAAAGCCAUCAUGAUGAACAGAUCCCAAGAGACGAAAUUGUGAAAUCCACCGGAUCAGGAGCCGACCAAGAUGUACUCUACAGGCAAGACGAGAAACAAAAGCAAGACCAUUCCGAAGAAGCAAUAGAGUCUAUCUACCAUGUUUCGACAACAAGCUCCCAUAGCGAAAACGAGGCCGCAUCUGUGGAGGACAACGAUAUGCGGGAUGUCGAGUCCAGUGUUGCAGAACCACCAUAUACUGUAUUCACGGCAAGUCAGAAGAGGUUUAUCGUUCUGUUAGCAGCUUGCGCUGGGUUCUUUUCUGCUGUGUCUGCAAACAUAUACUUUCCAGCUCUCAAUUCACUGACUGAGGAAUUCCACGUCUCCGCGACAUUAAUCAACCUCACUCUCACUACAUACAUGAUCGCACAAGGCAUAGCACCAGCCAUCAUUGGUGACCUAGCCGAUAUGGCUGGUAGGCGGCCAGCAUACUUUGUAUGCUUUGUCAUAUACAUUGGUGCCUGCAUAGGCAUCGCGCUCUGUCAAGAUUACGUUUCUUUGCUCAUCUUGAGAUGCCUGCAGAGUGCUGGAUGCGGUGCUACAAUUGCGCUAGGCAGUGGUGUUGUUGCUGAUAUAGCAACCAGUGCUGAAAGAGGCACGUUCAUGGGCUAUGUCACUUCUGGUCCGAUGGUCGCUCCCGCACUCGGUCCAGUACUUGGAGGCAUACUGGCGCAAUUCUUGGGCUGGCGAUCUAUCUUUUGGUUCCUGGUCAUUCUUAGCGCCUGCUAUCUGGUGCCUUUUCUGAUUGCUUUCCCGGAAACUGGUCGCAAUGUUGUCGGUAAUGGAGCGAUCAAACCUCAAAGCUGGAAUAGAUCGUUGAUAAACUAUCUCCACGAGCGAAAGGCUGCUAAAGCACCCACCUUGACUCGUACAGUAACCCGCGAAAGCAUUCGUCUAGAAGAAGCACGACUGGCCAAGGCCCGAAAGUUGCGAAUCCCAAAUCCAUUGAAGACACUCAAGAUAGUCUUCGAGAAAGACACUGGACUUCUGUUGCUCUACAACUCGCUGGUGUAUACGGCCUUUUACGACGUAACAGCCAGCAUGCCUUAUCUCUUUGGCAGGAUCUACAACUACAACGACCUUCAGAUAGGUCUUUGCUUCAUUCCGUUCGGAGUAGGAUGUUUGAUUGCGCCAAUACUAGGUGGCAAAGCUCUUGACUGGAACUUCCGACGUCUAGCUGUCAAACACGGCUUCCCUGUCGACAAGAAGCGGGCAACUGAUCUCAAGGAUUUUCCUCUCGAGACGGCUCGCAUCCAGGUGACAUGGCCACUGCUUGUAGUUGGCGACGCGGCCUUGCUUUGCUAUGGCUGGGUAAUGCACAUGGAGACCAAUCUAGCAGCGCCAUUGGUUUUGCUCUUCUUCAUCGGACUUUGCUUGACCGGAGCCUUUAACUGCAACAGUGUUAUGUUGAUCGACUUGUACCCGCUAAGUCCCUCGACAGCCACAGCGGCGAACAACCUCGUCCGCUGCCUCAUGGGAGCAGGUGGCACCGCCAUCAUCAUUAUUAUGAUCGAAAGCAUGGGUAGAGGAUGGUGUUUUACGUUUGUAGCAGGUGUGGUGUUACUGUUCUCACCUAUUCUCUGGGUGCUCGAGAAGUACGGGCAAGGAUGGAGGAAUGCAAGAGCCCGACGAAUGGAGGAUUUGGCAGAGAAGAAACAACAGGCUGAACAAGAGAAGGCUGAGGAAUUGCAGGCUUACGAAGCUCAAACUGAGAAGUAA